CAUAUCUGUCUCUGUCACAUGAACACAGAUGACUUCUUCUUUAGUUUAUAACAUUUAAGAAAGAGACGUCUAUGCAACACUGCUCUCUGUAUGCAUCCUGUCACAUGACCAACAGACACACAGACACACAGACAGCACACACCUUGCAGGAUGUCGAGUUCUUUAGUCGUGUGUGAGGUGGACGCAGUUCUGCAGGAGAAACUCAAGAAGUUUCGCUUUCGUAAGGAAACAACGAACGCAGCCAUUCUGAUUAAGAUUGACAUGGAGAAACAGCUGGUGGUUAUGGAGGAAGAGUAUGAGGAUAUUUCUCUGGAUGCGAUCAGAGAGGAACUUCCAGAACGUCAACCUCGAUUUAUAGUUUAUAGUUAUAAACUGACCCACGGGGACGGCAGGGUCUCAUACCCUCUCUGUUUCAUCUUCUCCAGUCCUGUGGGCUGUAAACCAGAGCAACAGAUGAUGUACGCGGGGAGUAAGAACAGACUCGUGCAGUCAGCAGAUCUUACUAAGAUUUUUGAGGUUCGUAAUCCAGAUGACCUGACAGAGGAUUGGUUGAAGGAGAAAUUGUCAUUUUUCCGCUGAAAACAGCAUCAUGAAGUGAUUUUAAAAUGAAGCACAGAUCAGAGUUUAAACAUGUUUUUAUGUUGUAAGAUUAUUAUCAGAAUAAACUUCAACAGGUCUUAUUCUUUUAUUAAA